AUGAAGGUCCCUGACAAGUUCUUACAUGUAAAGAACAGAAGCUUCGAUGAGUGCACCGCCGAGUGCGGCAACAACUGCUCAUGUACGGCAUAUGCUUAUGCCAACAUGAAAGGUGCCGGUGAUGAGGCUGACCCGACAAGGUGCUUGGUUUGGAUAGGAGAGCUUAUCGAUACAUCAAAGUACAUUGAGGUUGGCGAGAAUCUAUACCUUCGCGUUGCUGAGUCUCCUGGCGACAAAAAGAGCAGUUUACUAAAGAUUUUACUCCCGGUUAUAGCAUUCAUGUUGCUACUGACAUGCAUAGCCCUCAUUUGGACAUACAAAUACAGAGGAAAAUGGAGAGAGCAGGAAAACCAGAAGAAACUAAUGCAAAGAUACUUUAGCACAUCCGAUGAACUCAAAGGCGAAAAUACAGAAUUUCCAUUUGUUAGCUAUGAAGACAUCCUUUCAGCAACAAUGCUUUUCGCCGAUUCCAACUUGCUUGGACAGGGAGGUUUUGGAAAAGUUUACAAGGGCAUCCUAGAAGGUGGAUAUGAGGUUGCGGUCAAAAGACUUAGUAAGGGUUCUGGACAAGGUAUAGUUGAGUUCAAAAAUGAAAUAGUUCUAAUUGCCAAGUUGCAGCACAAGAACCUAGUCAGACUUCUUGGGUGUUGCAUUCAGGAAGAUGAGAAAUUAUUGAUCUAUGAGUACUUGCCUAACAAAAGUUUGGAUGCCUUUAUUUUUGAUGAUGCACGAAAACACAUGCUCCAUUGGUCGACCCGGUUCAAAAUAAUUAAAGGAAUAGCAAGAGGCCUUCUUUAUCUCCAUCAAGAUUCAAGAUUAACAAUAAUUCACAGAGAUCUCAAAGCUAGUAACAUAUUGCUGGAUGCGGAAAUGACUCCCAAAAUUUCAGAUUUUGGUAUGGCAAGAAUCUUUGGUGCAAACCAGAAUCAUGCAAACACUACAAGGGUCGUUGGAACAUAUGGUUACAUGUCGCCUGAAUAUGCGAUGGGAGGUGCCUUUUCUGUUAAAACGGACACAUAUAGCUUCGGUGUUCUUUUGUUGGAGAUUGUUAGUGGAUUGAAGAUCAGCUCACCUCAGCUCAAAACAAACUUUUGUAGCCUUAUAACUUAUGCAUGGAGAAUAUGGGAAGAUGGAGAAGCAACUGAAUUAGUGGACUCUUCAAUUGUUGUGGAUUGUCCUUUUCAUGAAGUUGUACGGUGUAUUCAUGUGGGGCUCUUGUGUGUUCAAGAUCAUCCCAACAAUAGGCCACUGAUUUCAUCUGUUAUGCGUAUGUUAGAGAAUGAAAACACAUCACUUCCAACUCCAAAGAAACCUGUAUAUUUUCCUCUAAGUAAUUGUGAAGGUGGAGAAGCAAGGGAGAACAUACAAAAUACCAUAAACGCAAUGAGCAUCACAACACUAGAGGGUCGUUAG